UUUUCGAAACAAUUACUUUUAUAAGAAUGUCAAGUGAAGAAAAGUCUAUUGAUAAAAGGGAGAGUGUUACUAAAGAGGAAAACGAACAACCAAAACUCACAAAAGAGAGAGAGAGAUCGCCCUUUUCAGAAGAUGAGGACGAGGAAUUGGACGAAUUUGGAAGAGUUAAACGUCGUAGACAGAAAUUUAAAAGUGAAAGAUCUGAAGAAUUAGAUUAUGACGAUCGAUCAGACAGCGAUCGAGAUAGAAAAGAAGAUAGAUAUUAUCAUAGACGCCAUCGUCGUAGAUCAUCAUCGGGUUCCCGUUCUCCAAGACGUUAUUAUCGACGACGAUAUUCUGAUUCAGAUAGUGAUUAUGAGCGCCAUCAUAGCAGUAGUAAACAUAGACAUUAUCGUAGUAGUCACAGACAUCAUAGUGACCGUAGUUAUAGUAGUCGUAGUAAUAAAGGAGGAGAUGUUUAUACAGAGGCAGCUCAAUAUAUUGAUACAGAAUUUUAUCCAACAAAAAUUUAUAUUGGAGACAUUGAAAAUGUCACAGAAUCUCAAAUUGAAUCAAUUUUCUCUCGUUUUGGACCACUUGAGAGCGUUAAGCUUGUUGAAGGAAAAGACUAUGGAUUUGUCACUUAUGAAAAGAAAGAAUCAGCAUUAGCCGCAAUUCAAAAUAUGAACGGCGCAUUACUAGGAUCAAAGCAUAUUAAAGUGAAUCGUGCUAAAAUACCGGAAAGAAAUAAGAUUGGUUUCGGUAAUAUACCUUGGCAAGAUGAGGAUGGCCUUAUGGCAAAGGAGGCAGCAUCCUAUCAUAGUUAUAAUCGAAGACGAUCUUCUACACUUAUGAUUUUAGAUAAUUUAAAGGAUGAAAACCAAACCUCACUAGAACUUCCUAUACCUCGAAGAGCCUUAACUAGCUAUGAUGAUCUUUAGAUAUAUUACAUGCUUAUUUUUUUUUUAUUUUUUUUAAUUAUCUAUUUGAAAGGUUGUAUUUUAAAUUUGUGAACCUUAAAAUUUCAUUUUAAUUCUUGUAAAUUCCAUUGCAUAAUAAACAUAACGAGAAAUAAUGUGUUCUCUCAAUUUUAAAUAGCGCAAUUUUUAUACAA